UGUCAUGCGUUACACCACUGUCGUAAAACGUUUCUGCCUGCUGUUGCAAUGGCGUUUGCUGCGACAGCACUUUCCGGCAGCAGGGAAAUCGAGGAGAAAGCAGCGACAAACGUCGCCAGCGGAUACGUUAUCGCCUUAAAUAUCCUUGGAUUUAUGCGAUAUUCGGUGAACUAACGUGUAUACUGCUUGUUUACCCCUUCGCCUUGUGGAUGAGCUUGUGUUCAACGUUUUCCAAGCGCGAAUCUCCACCUUAAUGCGGUGGGAUGGCCACAGUGCCGCCUGGGCCUAGUAGCGCACUGCCUGCAUCCCCGGCCGACAGUCCUCCUUUCCCCGGGGCUGGGAGCGCCGAGCCGGCGGGGGCAGACGGAGAGCCGGCGUGCCACGGGGACGACUGUGUACCCGCCGGUACGGGGAAGACGUCGGAUCCGAUAAGCGAAGUCAAUAGGUCGGUUAAUAAGAAGCAGAAAAACAUGCUAGCGCGGGCUAGCCCGGCGGCGCUGCACCUCAAAAUGCAGCCCAGAGAGCAGCAGCAGCUGAACGGCCUGGCCAGCCCCUCCGAGGACCCCGACAGCCACCAGCACACAGGGAACCGGCCCAGCAACCCGAGACCGUCCGUGGACAACUGUGACAGCAGCAGCAGCGGCAGCUAUGAGGAGGCUCCGGCCGCAAGAAACAAUAGUGAGCAUUGCCACCAUGAAGGCCACAGCCCCUUCUCCUCCAGUCACUCUCCCCUAGUUAACAACAGCAUGAACGGGGUGCCGGGCUUCACAAGGACUGAGGCGGCCCGCAGCCACCCCGGGGACGAAGGUAAGGAGGAGUUUGACCUCACGGAGCCUCCGAGACCGCCGAGCGGCGAUCCGCCGGACGCCGGGCCUGGCCGGGAGGAGAGCCUCGCCGACCCGCAGCAGCCGCCGGCCGCCGAGCUGGCCCGGCUCCACCUGGGCAGCUCCCCCGGCCGGGCGGAGGAGGAGGACAGCCACGGCAUCCGCUAUGUCCGCUAUGAGUCCGAGCUUCAGAUGCCGUGGAUCAUGAGACUGAUCACCAAGGACUUAUCUGAGCCUUAUUCAAUUUACACCUACAGGUACUUCAUCCACAACUGGCCGCAGCUCUGCUUUCUGGCCAUGGUGGAGCAGGAGUGUGUCGGAGCCAUAGUAUGUAAGCUUGACAUGCACAAGAAGAUGUUCCGUCGUGGCUACAUUGCCAUGCUGGCCGUGGACUCGAAACACAGAAGGAAAAGCAUAGGUACUAAUCUGGUGAAGAAGGCCAUCUAUGCCAUGGUGGAGGGUGACUGUGAUGAGGUUGUAUUGGAGACUGAAAUCACCAACAAAUCAGCCCUGAAGCUGUACGAGAACUUGGGUUUUGUCAGAGACAAGCGGCUGUUCAGAUACUACCUGAACGGAGUGGACGCGCUGCGGCUCAAACUUUGGCUCCGCUAGAGGAAAGAAGAGGGGACGGGGGAGGACGGGACAGCAGGUGCUGUUCACCUCGUACGCUAUCGGCCUGACAGCCUCAGCUCUGCCCUGGUCAUUUCACUCUUAUAUUACACGCACACACACUCACACACAGCACACACACCUCUGUGUACAAACAUAAGGAGUAUGCACAUAAGUAUGCAUAGACACGCAGACACACCCUCUUUUUGUCCUUGACCUCCGAACAACUGUUGUUUAGGCAGAAACGGACUGACAUCCCACCUGGUGUUCUCAUGAAGGGGCCCCUAAAACUUUCUGUGACGAGGAGGGGGAGGGGCUAGUGAGGGCGGUCUCUGGGAUGACCUCGACUGGGGACUAGAUGACCUUUUGACCUUCAAGCUUGGAUGCCACAUUGAACCCGGGACCUGAGGUGUGAGGCAGCUCAAGAGACGUGUGUCCGAUCCCCAGAGGACACGGCACCUCACCCAAUCCUCCUGCAGAACACAGGACAAAAAAUGGACUUAAAGAAAUCGACGACACGUGAAACAAGGAAUCGGGGAGGCAUAAACAGACUGGGAAGAAAAUAUUUGUGGAGUUUAUUUUUGUGUUUCUUUUUUAACCUUGUGAGUUGGACGGGGGACGGAAAAAGCUAUAGUAUGACUGUGUGUUUGUACCGCCUCAUGUUUUUUUUUCUUUUGGGAGUGCUUGGCUUGUUUUUGUGUGCAUGUGUAAGUGGCGUGGUUGGUUUCACUGUGAGCAAGUGUGUUGGUGCGACUGUGUGAGCGCAUGCUCGGUUGGAACUGUGUGUACUUUUGUUUUUGUUUCCCAUCCUGUCCAAUGGGCGCAGCAGCUCCCUGCUGCUGUUCCCAUCACCUGCCUCAGCCUCCAGGACUGAAGCCUGUAAAGAUAUGCAUGCAUUUAUUUUAAUGUGAGUGUGGGGGAAAGUGUGAAGAGUGUGUGUUGAUUAACCCAGUCUGAGGCUAACCCUCCGAACCCCUUCCUGUGUUUGGUGUAAGCAUGUUGGUGCAGAGCAGUUGAUCGAAACAAAUCACUCCAUUAGCACCUCAAACGUUGCCCAUCUGGUGGAUCCACCACCUUUUUUUUUUUUUUUUGCUUCAGUGUCCUUCACUAAAUCUCUCAUCAUCAAACCCUGAAAGUAUGGGUGAGGAGUUUUUCUUUCUAUUUUUGCAGAUCAGAACUUGUUUUCCCCUAAUGCACUGCCAGCCGCUGCAAAAUUCCCAAAAAGGAGAAGAUAGUCUUUUUAAAGAGACUCCUUGCCAAUGACGGAGUGGUCAAACGUGUCCUCCUCCGUCUUAGUUUACUCCUUUUAGAAUAUAUCUCCUUAUUGCAAGUGCCACUCAAUCCAUCAGCACUCUCAGCCACAACUGCAGUGAUGUGCCCCGCGAACGGGCGCCACACGAGCAGCCUCGGCCGCUCUCUGGUCUACGCUCGGCACCGGACCGGAGGCGAAGUGUUACAUAUGCUGGAAUCCUGUUUGAGUAUGCUGUGUGUGUGUUAUCUCUUGAUAAAAAAAGGAAAAUAGUCAAGUAUUCUUAGCAGAUUAUAUUUUAUUCUUUUGUUCGCUUUCUGUUCGUUUAGAUUGUCUAAUAUACACCUGUAUGACCUCUCGCUGCUCAGAAGCAGCCGAGUCCACAAUGCACUUCCCAGGUGCCCUAACUUGAUGCACAACCAACCUCGCUAACAUUUUGAGAUCUCCGACCCGGAGCGCGUCAUAGAUGCACCCGGAUGUUCCAAUCCACACUAAUUAUGGCAAAGAAAGUUUGCUUCAACCGCUUUUUUUUUCUUCUUAAAAGUAAUAUGAACAAAGGUCAGAUGCACUUCUUUGGAAAUUGCUGCAGUGUGUAUGUGUACGUGUGGAUGUGUCUGUGUGUGUUCUGUUACUUUGACAAUGGUGUGGGUCUGUUAGACUUUUAUUUCUCUACUUUCAGAGGCCCUGCACAGGAAAAUCAAAGCCUUUGAGGUGCUGGUUUUGUUCCAGCAUAGUAAGGACAACAGAAAGGAACAAAGUGCACACUUUUAUAGCUCUAAAAGUUGAGUUAGUGCUCAAUGUGAUAGAGCGGGUAGAAGACAGUUUGGUUGAUAUCUGAAGGGAGAAUAAAACCUAAAAGUAGGGAUGCACCGAUCUGACAUUUUCAGUCCUGGGCUUUGGGUACUGGCCGACAGAGUAUAAAUGAAAUUACAGUGUUAAAUUAAUAAACUCUAUGCCGCAAUGUUUGGAAAGGAAUGGGAUCAAUCUUUAUGCAAUGUCAGGCUUGAGUUAAACAUUGCUUUCCUACCUUUUGUAAAACGUAUAUAGCAAAAUAAAUAUAAGAAUUCCAUAUAAAUAAAUUUACAGUAUUUCUAUUUUAUUAAGUUUUUUAUUAAGAUAAUGAGUCAUGCACCAGCAACUUGGUAACAAAAAAUAUUCAAAAUGAACAGGAAUGCAGCAGCAAAUUGGCCAAAACUUAAAUGGGAAUUAAAAUCCCUUUGUCUAAUGUAUAUAGUAUAUAAACAUAGUAUUGAAUGGAAUAGUUUGGCCCCAUCGUCACAAUACCUGAUCCAGCUAUUUAAGUCUUAGUAUCUGCACCCUUUCUAAAAUUAGCUUUGAUUUUCCAACCCAAAUUGGAAAAACAACCCACAUCACAGGAUGUUAGUGAUUUUAAGUAAACUUCAAAUUAUGCAAUUGGACAUCUGUGUGCUUUUAUCCUGCCUACAGUAUUGAGUAGAAAGCACUGCAGCACACUGCCAUGUGGCACAAUCAGAGUGAAAUCUGAUCAAAAUAUUGACCUCAGAACAAACAAAAGUCUCCAGCAAACCCUCAUAGUGGUCACAUGUUUUAAUGAUUCAAGGACUGAUGGGUAUAAAUGACUCUAUGGGACCUUGUUCAUGUUUUGGGUUUAUGUCCUCUCUCAGCAGUCCAACUGAGAUGGUCCUCCCAGGAGCCCAGGACUGAAAGGGAGAGUAGAUGUUUACAGAGUUGCCACCUUUAUAACAGCCUGUGUAUGUAUGUAUGUAUGUAUGUUUGUGUCUGUGUGCAUUUGGAACAAUGGAUCAGAUGACCUAUUUUUCUUUUUUUUUUCCAGAUUUGUAUACGAGUGUUGCUCUAUUCCUCGGAUAUGUUGAGAGAAUGUGUUUUUGUGAAUCAUCGGUUGGUAAGGGGGCAGUUUGGGUUGAUUUAUCAGAUUUGAUUUUUAUUUUUUAAUUUCUGUGCUACUUUAGCCCAUCCAGAGGUUUAACGAGAAUUACGAGCCGUUCAUAGUGGGCAUAUGAAAAACACCCAACUAAUAUCUUUACUGCUCAUCCGCCUCUCUAAAUUUCAGUUAUUACCCCGUGUAAACUCCUGGUUUAUUUUGGAGGUAAAAUUUUCUGUACCUGUGUUGGACACUUGUCUCCCCUCUUGUGUCCCCUCACUGUCUGGGCCUUUUCUUUUUUUAUACAGUGACUACUAAUGGGUGAAAGGACAGGGUAGGUUAACACCUUACAAAAUGAACCUGUCUCGUUCUUUCAAACCAGCCGUCAGUAUGAGGAGGUGGUUUUCUUUUGGUUUUUUUGUUUUUUUUGAAGGAAAAGUAUCUGUUGUCUUUUUUGUUUUACUCCUGUGAAACUCUGGCAGUUCCAUAUGGGCAUUACAGCCUCUUAACACAGAGCCAAAUGGCUCUUUUUAGCUCAUGAUCACAGACUGAAGGGCUUCGUCAUCUAUAUCAGUUUGUAGCCAUGGCCUGCAGUGUUGCAUAGUUUUACCCAGCUCUCUCUGACAAUGCUUUUGGAAUACGUUUUGACUUGACAUGCCAGUUCAGUGUUCACAGAUGACAGAGGCAGUUUCUUUCCUCCUCCUGAACGUCCGCUGUGCUAUCCAGGUAGCUUAUUCUAACAAUCACACGCCCACCUCUCUGUCCUCACCCGGGGCGACAUCUGCCAUCCUACAUUUCUAGUGUUACAAUUUUAAAUUCCCCCCAGAAACCAGUUUGUUGGUGAGAUUAACAAUUGUCUCGGCUGCCAUGCACCACAAACAUCUGUGGUCCCUACAACCAACCAACCACAGCGACUUCCUGCAGUCUUUUCGGGGCGGCCGGCGCCGCCUCCACCGCCAUCCACAAAGUGUGCAAAGGGGAGAGCAAAAGGUUUUUUUGCAUGUCAGAUUUCUGUUUCCCCUGUUCCUCUUCCCUGUCCCCUCUCUUGAUUUUGAUCUGGAAAUGUCCGAUAGCUUUUAUUUAAUGUGGAAAAAGAACACAGAAAUAAAUUAUUUGAUUUUUUUAAUGCUGUAAACUGG